GUUGUUGUAAAGUACAGUGGGAUUCCCCAUACACGUUUUAGCCGAAAAAUAUUACCUAAAAACUAAACGAAUCAACAAAAUAAGACAUAUUUACGGACAUGGCUUGUGAAGCCUCACAGGAUGAUCAGAUUGGAGAGGCACUCUUAAUAGGGGUAGUAAGGCAGGAGCUAAUGGAGGUGAUGGAGGUGACUGAAGGAAAUGCAGCUCCUCCAGCUCUUCCUGAAGCUAAACCAAUAAGCAACAGCCAGGACCAGAUUCUGGUUCAGCAGCUGGCGAACACAAUCAAAGUGAUCGGUGACAAACUCGACCAGGAUCAAGCAUUUAACGACAUGAUCGAUGGCUUAGUAAAGGUAGCUGAUAAAAGCAGUUUCUGGAAACUUGUGGAAAAGGUGUUCACAGAUGGCCAGAUCAACUGGGGCAGAAUUAUCGUGCUGUUUUAUUCUGUUGGAAAACUGUCAGCCAAGAUGGUCGUCGCUCACCUACCCAGAAUUGUUUCAGAUAUUUUAUCAUUAAGUCUUGAUUACUUCAAAAGGAAUCUGUUGCAGUGGAUUCGCACAGUAGGAGGAUGGAUGAACAGUAUCCCUGCACUGGCCUGUUUCUCUGUUGACCAAUUUUCUGGUUCUUCACUGAGAAAAUAUUCUCCUUACGUUGGAGUUGUGUUUGCCUUCACUGGUGGCCUACUGCUGGGUGGCUUCAUCGUCUCGAGAUUUCAGAAAACCUGAAAGAGAGGGAGAAUGGAGAUGGCACACAAGUUGACAAUAAACUUUCUUAAUGAUGAACAUUGGAGAAACCACAAAGGCAAUAAGAUGAUGGUGUGCAGCAUGAUUUUGUAAUUUGCCUCUUUUUAUUGUAAUAUGCUCCUAUUUUAUAUGUAUUUAUACUUUGUAUUAUGUGAGAAAAUAUAUUUAAUAAUAUAACCGAGUUAAAAAAUGUGUUUAUUCAUGAUCAAGACAGAUAGAAAACAACUUAGACAAUAAGCUUGCCCAAAGUUUUAUAAAACCUGUUUCGUCUACUCUCUUGUUUAUGCAUGUAAUGUGCAAUGAAUGAGAUUAAAGUGCCCUUGAUUUCAGAGUUUUUGAAA